GGAGAAAAAUACCGAAAAUAACAUCAAACUGAAAACACAACACAAUCAGCAAUAUGGCCGCUUAACACAAUGUCAGAGGCAUCGCGAGUUCAUAGUAAAUAUCGCGAUUUAAUAACGAAAUGGAUCAUAAAAAGUCAUCAAUUCGUCGCCAAAAACGUCAUUCUAAAGUGCUAGACGAUAAUUUCUGGGAUUGUAGUGUUUGUACCUACCAAAAUACGGCUGAAGCAUUCAAGUGUUUAAUGUGUGACGUUAGAAAAGGCACAUCGACGCGUAAACCGCGACUCAACUCUGCCUUAGCCGCCCAACAAGCAGCAACGCUUCCUGGCGCAUCUGGUGCUCCGAAUGGAAGUGGACCAGCUAAUCCGAAACCGCCAAAAAUGUCACGACACAAAAAUAAACAUAAAAAAUAUCCUGCCCGACUGACAAACGUAGACCGAUCUACAGCUCAAACACGUGAAGUGACAGUGAAUUCGGUGACGGUUGUAAUAACUGAAUAUAAACCAAAACCACCGAAACCGGUGACAAGUCGUCGAGAAUCGAGUGAACAGAGUUUAAGUGAAAGCAACGAUUCUCGAAGCUAAGAGAUUUUUAAAAUUUCUUUUCUCAUUUUCAUUUAAUUAUAAUUUAGAGACAAAAUAUAAAUUAAUGCUUAAAGUAAGACUUGAUGGACAUGAUCUAGGACAAAUUAUUUUAUUCAAAUCAAUAUUGUAACGAAUUAGUGUAAAAUAAUAAAAUAUUGAAUAAGAUUGAUAAGGUCCUGCGUCCUUUUUUUGAUCAUUCUCUUUAUAUUUUAAUGAAAAUGAUGUGUUUUUUCUUUCAAUUGUGUAUUCAUGAGUGUGAUAUCGUAAACAUAAAUUAACUGAAGGAUGAGAAUGUUGUGAAAAAAACCCGGAUAUUAUUAGAAAAUGAAAUUUGUAUAAAGACAUGAACGGAAAUAAAUUUUUUAAAUAAA